AUGUCAAGCCAACUCGAAAAUGAAGCUUCAUUUGAGGCCACUACUCUGGGUUUUCUAAGGCGCCAAUUCACUCAACUCAAGCCUUUGCCCGCAGGAAUAACGCUUGACGGUCAGGUAGCCAUUGUCACUGGAAGUAAUGCUGGACUUGGACUCUCGGCAUGCAAGCAGCUGCUUCAGCUGGGGCUAUCGCACCUGGUAAUGGGUGUCCGCUCUCAGGCCAAGGGUGAUGUGGCGGCGGCCCAGCUGCGUAAAAGCUUUCCCUCAGCCCUGAUAUCCGUCUGGAUCGUCGACAUGGAAUCAUAUGACUCUGUUUGUGCUUUUGCCAGCCGUUGUGAGAGCUUGGACCGGAUCGAUAUUGUGAUUCUUAAUGCUGGGCUUAUCAAGACGCCGUAUACUGUCGUGCAGGCAACAGGAAACGAAGUCACGCUGCAGGUUAACUAUCUGUCGACGGCUCUCUUGACCAUUUUGCUUCUUCCCAUUCUCAAAGCAAAGAAAAUUGGUGGUGGCUCAAGGCCACCGGUUAUUAGUAUUGUGGGUUCAGAUCUAAUGUAUCAGCAUGAGGUCGAGCUCAAAGGGCCGGUAUUACCGCCAUUCCAACAAGAAGAUAGCUUCAGCCAGUUCUCUUGGUAUGGCAAAUCGAAGCUAUUACAAGCGAUAUUUAUCUCCAAGUUGGCCGAAUUUGUCAAUCCCAAUGACGUCCUCGUAAAUGUGUCGAACCCCGGCAUGACGAGCGGCACUGAUUUCUUCCGUGGGUAUCCUGCUUUGGUGAUGAAGCUGAUUGCUGUCGGUCAAUGGAUUCUGGCUAGACCGGUGAAUGUAGCUGCUACUACAUAUCUGGAUGCAGUUUUGGUUCAAGGAGAGAAAAGUCAAGGCUCAUUCACGAGUGACUGGACUAUAAAGCCAUAUUCGAAGCUUUGGUACACUCCAGAGGGUCAGGAGUUGAAAGAUAGACUCUGGGAAGAGACCAUGGAAGAGCUAAAUUUUGUAGGCGCGUCAAAAAUUGUGAAUGGUCUGAAGAGCUGA